AUGGCAGAAUACGCAUUCCGAAAGAUAGAUAUCGACGCCCUGGAUGAGGAUACGCUCCUCCGGGAAGACCUCGUCGAGCCGGACCCGAGGGGUCCGGACGGGGUGUUGGCGGAUGCGAAGCGCAAGUCAGGGGAAGUGCGGACCGCUGUGGCACAAAACAAUAUUGCCGGUGCUCUAGCUGCUAUCUUGUCGGACCCACCAUACGGCGCCGACGUGGAUGAAGCACGAGCACUCACCAUCUCCGCCUUACAGCUCAUCCUCAACUCGACCCGUUCCUCUGAGAUCGCCGCAACCCUCAAAAAUCUCACACCAGAGCAACAGGACCAUCUCAUGAGCUACCUGUACAAGGGGAUGGCGGGGCUGGGAUCCAAGUCUGGCGCAGGAGGGGAAGUCAGCGGAAGUGUAUUGUUGACGUGGCACGAGAAGUUGACGGAAGUCGCGGGUGUUGGGUGUAUCGUGCGGGUCAUGACAGACCGGAGGACGCUAUGA